AUGGAAAACACUUUUGAUCCGGAUCUAAUUCAUGCGAUUUUCAAAUAUGUAUGGCGCAAAAGAGCUCUCGAGCGUGAGAAAGACGAAGGUGCCGAGACUACGGAGGUUGAGGUAGGAGCUGGAACAUCUAAGAAACAUCGGCCUACCUCUGCUAAUGCAAAUGCAGUAAAGCUGAGCUGUGAACUUCUUAGAGUCUUUGUCACAGAGGCUAUUCAACGUGCUGCUACUAUUGCUGAAGCUGAGGGUGUUAAUAAAAUAGAAGCAACUCAUCUGGAGAGGAUUCUUCCCCAGUUACUUUUAGAUUUUUGAGGUUGUUCCUCAGAUUUAUUACAUGGCAGCUGCUUGUAAGGGCAUUGCACAUUUCUUACAAGGAAAGAAGAUCGCUGCUGUAACAAAGUCUCUUCAUACACUUUGAGUUUGCCCGUCAAAUGGUCCAUAGGAGUAGGAUGGAACUGCAUCUUAUGAGCAACAGGCUGACAAUCUCUAGUAGAACAAUACUGCAAGAGAACUGAAUUGGACGAAGAGUCCUUCCACAUCUUGCGGGAUAUUUGUCACAUGGCAUCUACUUGUAUGUAUUUCUCAAUUGUAAUAAUUUCUUAGGGCAUAUGUAUUUGUGGCUCACCAAGCUGCUCAAGCUGAAAGAACAGGGGAUAGUAUGUUGAGUUGUAAUGAUGAUCAGGAAUAUCAGUGUUACAUAGUUCUCAAAAACGGAUUGUUACUCGGAAGUUGGCAUUUUACUUCUUUUCUCCCUUUGUGCCUCUUGGCUCAAGUUUUUCAGGCCUUUUUUUUAAUGUGAAUAUAGUUUAUUCUGCCUUUUGAGUGCAGGCCUU